AUGGGAUCGACGCGUUCAGCGCUCGGCGCUCACAAUUCCCCGGCCCUGGCCCCAUCUGCACACUCGGCGAUCAAAUCGCAGCCUCGUCUUCAACCCUCACCGCUACCAUUGCAGCCCAUUGAAAAUCCAUUCCACCCUACCGUGCACAGGCCAUCGCCGACCAAAGGCCUAUCAGCCCAGGGCUCGCAUCCCGGUAGAAAACUUGGUUUCGUCCCAAUCUCUGCUCCCGCUCCUCCCAUGUUCACCACCGACUCUCCUACCAAGAAGCCGUCUUUCCCCAUCUACACUCAGUCCUCCAUGCCACAGUCGGCCCUCUUCACCACCUUCUCCAGUGUCAACCCAGAGUCUACCAAAGAGAAUCAAAACCCGGAAGAUCCAUCCAAUGGCAGUUUCGCCGACUUCCCUGAACCUACUUUUGACGCCAAAGCUCCGAUGAAACGCACUCUCAUGGAAGCCGCACCCUUGAAAGAGCGAUAUGUGAAGAAGCAAAAGCGCGAAGACGCUCCCAUCUCUCACCUCCCCGAACCACACGAGAUGCCAUCCAUCGAAGAUGACGGCACCAAGCCGCCGUAUAGUUACGCGACGUUGAUCGGCAUGUCCAUUUUGCGCGCGUCCAACCGACGGUUGACGUUAGCCCAGAUCUACAAGUGGAUCUCCGACACGUUUUCCUACUACAAGAACAGCGAUCCUGGCUGGCAGAACAGCAUUCGACAUAAUUUGAGUCUCAACAAGGCAUUCAUUAAGCAGGAGCGCCCUAAGGAUGACCCUGGCAAGGGUAACUACUGGGCUAUCGAGCCCGGCAUGGAGAUGCAGUUCUUGAAGGACAAGCAAGUCCGACGUGCCACGAUGUCUAGCUUGCCCCUCCCUGCGGUCCCGCAGCGCGACCUGAUUCCCCAGCCGCAGAGUGCAAGCACCACAACCUGGAUGGUCCCUCCCGCUCGGCACGCGCCUCCACCAAAACUCACUCGCAAUGAUGACCUGUCGUCUGAUGCCACUUUGCCUGCAUCUGAUCCCGCUCUGCAAGAAGAUGCUCCUGAUGAGAAUACCCAGUUGCUAUCGCAUCAAACAGCACCCCUCCGAUCCUCCCCUCCGCCACCAACUCUCCGAUCCUCGCCUCCCAUUGCUCCUCCUCGCUUUGCGCGCCAAGGAACACCUCCCACACCAACUCAGGCUGGCCCAACGCCCGCCCAGCGUCCUCGAAAGCGCAAGUCUGUUACUAUGAAUGACAGUGGUUACUUCUCCUCCUUGGAGUCAUCUGCCUUGAGGCCAAAUAAGGCGGGGCAUAUCUUGACCUCUGACUUGGAUAUCGAGCCGCCGCGCAUCAAACGAGGCCGUGCUGAGGAAGAGAUUGCACGGAUACGCAGCUCAUCUCACGAUAUCAGCCCGGGACAGCCAGGUCACAGAAAGGAGGCCGGAAUUCUUGUAGGCUCUUCUCCAUUAAGGGGAGAGUUUGUCAGUAUGCUACCCCCUCCGUUGACGCCAAUCAUCAAGUUCAAAAAGCCAGCCAAGCCGCCGCCCUCGGUGUCUCCAAACACCAACCUUCGUAAUCAUCGCCGAAAGAUCCAGCAGAUGGUCAACUCUCCCAUCAAACACCUGGGCCUUGCGGACGAUGAUCUGCCCUGGAGCCCUGCGUUCAAUCUCCAGGAUUCAUCCUAUACACCUCAGGACCAUUUCCAUACAACUUUCGACGUUUUUGCGGAUUCGCAUGAUGAGCACGUUUCAUCUGCCACGUAUGGUUCACCUGAAAAGCGCUCUGUCAAGCGUCCUCGGACUGAUAGUGGGAGCACUGCCCUUGCUGAUAUCACGUCGGUCAACGUCAACAGUCGGAUGGGUAUGCCCCCUCUGAGUCGGUCAAAGUCAGCUGUGUUCCCCGAAUCCCCCUCUAAACUCCCUGGUAUUGGUCGACUUGGGGAUACUAGCCAGGACGACUUCUUCUCAUUUCAUCUAUUUGAUGAGAGCAAUGACAGUGGCGAGGUGGAUGGGGUUGAUCUCUUACAGGGCUUCCAAAAGAUUGGUGGUGCCUCCAAAGACGACACUCUGAAGCCCAAGCCCCUUCACGCUCGGCCUCACUUGACCAGCCGCAGCAACACUACUCUGUUCUAA